GUGCAGAUGUAGGUAGGUAAUGGACUCGGGGUAUAUAAACUACUGAACCUGCCAACAGAGGCACAUUCUACAAUCUAUCAUGGCUCUCCACACAUCAUUGGUGCUCGUUUCCGCUGCUUGCCUUAUAAGCUGUUCUGUAACGGGUACAGAACUAUCCAAACCCACAGAACUGAAAUUGGAGACGAAAUCUGAAAAUACUGAUGAAGUCACUGCCAAAAGAGUGGUUUUCGGUGCGUUACACCCGAUCAACCACGGUGCCGGUGGUGCUGUCUCCAGUGGUGGCAGCGGUUACGGUUCCGGUUCCGGUUCUGGCCAUGGCGCAGGUGGCGUAGGAAUAGGCGUUGGCUUCGGUUCGGGUGGUGGAGGAGGUGCAGGAGGAGGAGGCGGUGGAGGAGCCGGAGGAGGUUAUGGCAUCGGUGGCGAAGCAGCCAACAGUAACUACGGAGCUGGUGUCGGUUAUGGGCAAGGAAGCGGAUCCGGCGGUGCUGGUUAUGGACAAGGAAGUGGUUCUGGUGGUUCCGGUUAUGGACAGGGAAGUGGUACUGGUGGUUCUGGUUAUGGACAGGGCAUUGGCACUGGUGGAUCUGGUUAUGGACAAGGAAGCGGUUCUGUCGGUUCCGGUUAUGGCCAGGGAAUUGGCAUUGGUGGUUCCGGUUAUGGGCAGGGAAGUGGUUCUGGUGGUUCCGGUUAUGGCCAAGGAAGUGGUACUGGUGGUUCUGGUUUUGGACAAGGAAGUGGAUCUGGUGGUUCCGGAUAUGGACAUGGAAGCGGUAUUGGUGGUUCUGGCUACGGACAGGGAAGUGGUUCCGGUGGUUUCGGACAUGGAGGUGGUUAUGGUUCAGGAAGUGGUUCUGGCAGUAACACCGCUGGAUACGGUGUCGGAUCCGGAGGAAGCUAUGCCAACGGUUUCGGAGCUGGUCAAGGUAGUGGCUUUGGCAGUGGAUCUGGUCAAGGAGGUGGUUACGGAGGUGGAUCCGGUCAAGGAGGCGGCUUUGGUGGUGGUGUCGGUCACGGACACGGACACGGUGGUGGUUUCGGACACGGCGCAGGUUUUGGCCAUGGCGGUGGAUUCGGUCAUGGUGCUGGAUUUGGUCAUGGCGGUGGUUAUGGUGUCGGCGUUGGAUUCGGCGGUGGUCAUGGUGGACAUAGUAUCUUUGGCCUACACCACAAGCCUCAACUCAUUGGAGCCCUCGCACAUGGUGGCGGCGGUCAAUUCGGCGGAGGUCUCGGAUUCGGCGGCGGUGCCGGCGGCGGCGCAGCAGCUACAUAUGGCUAACCGAAAGAACCCAACGCAUUAUUCCAAUUCAAAACAAUCAUAUUUAUCGUUUCCGUUUAAUAUAUAUAAUUAUUUAUUCGUAUAUAACUUAUUUGUGCACGUCCGUUGACUAAAUCACACAACAAAAUUUCGUUAAAGUAUUUUAUUGUAUUUAUUUAUUAUUCUAUUAUAAUAUUCUAUUAUCUGUAUUUAAAUAUGUAUAUUUUUAUUUAUGCUUUUAACAUUAAAAUGUUGUUUCCGAUGAAUUCAUGUGUAGUAUUACUAUUACAGACUACAGACAUCAUAUGAAAUAAAUCCAUUCAAAUAUCGAUA